GAGCGCAGAGCGGCGGCGGCGGGGCGCUGCCGGAGCCCGCUCCGCCGGGCCAUGGCCAGCACCGGCUCCGCGCCCGGGGGCGCGGGCCCGGGCUCGGGCACGGCGCUGCCCACCCGCUUCCAGGAGACAGAGAAGCUGCUGUCGGCGACAGAGGGCCGGGAGGAGAAGGGCCUCCGCGGCUCCAAAUCCUUCACGGCAGCCUUGCCCGGCGAGACGGAGCGCAACGGGCACGGGCUCGGCUACAAGUCGGUGUCGGUCGGGCACCUGGAGGCGCCGCCGCUGUCGCCGUCCCGGCUGAGCCUGGGCAGAGCCUCCUCCACGGCCACCAGCACGGCGGCACCGGAGCAGGGCCGCCCGCGGGACUACCUGGUGCUCGCCAUCUUCUCCUGCUUCUGCCCCGUCUGGCCCCUCAACAUCGUGGCCCUCGUCUUCUCCAUCAUGUCGAGGAACAGCGGCCAGCAAGGGGACACGGACGGAGCCCGGCGGCUCGGACGCAUGGCCAGGCUGCUCAGCAUCGUCUCCAUCGUGCUGGGGACCAUCAUCAUCGUGCUCUACAUUUCACUCAGCGUCAGAGGUUCCUAGAAGACGUUUCAGCAUGCAAAUACCUUGAAGAGGAGGAAGACAACUUUCCUUUUGGGGUUUUUACUUUCAGCCUUGCAACAAAACAAAAAAUUGUCACAGUGUAGGUGGGCAGCCCUAGCCAGCCUGCUCCGGAACGCCGUCGGAAGGAACGCAUGCUUCAGUUCACCGCCUCUUGGGAAUGAGCCUGUACAAGGGAUGGGAUAAAAAUCACCCUGAGAAGGAAUGGGAGAGGCCACGCGGAGAGGAGAAGGGGGAAAUCCACUACCUCAUUCCCCUCCAGCAGAACUCAUGGAGUGGGGAGACAACUAAAGUGCAAGAGGAGGAGAGAGUCUCCAGAAUGAAGCUGGAUUUGGAAGAAAAAUACAAGGCGAGAACGGGACGUUUUGAGGAGACCUCCUGAGAAUUUUGGCACAAGUCACUGGAUUUUUGGGGGGGUUGUUGGUUUUUAAAUCGUCAAAUUCUCUGUCUCUACAAAAAAAAAAAACAGACAAGCAACAAAACAAAACAAAGCUCAAACUGCCAUCAGGAGCUGAGAGCUGUUCCACGGAGGAGGAGGGAGAGCAGAGCUGCAGCAGGACCACGGCUCUGCUCCGAACGAAACGCAGCCGCCAGAGCUGGAGGAUGUGGUGGGUGCUUUUGUAUUUUUGAUGAAAAAAAAAAAAGAGACAAUGACCAUUUGCAUGCCUUUGGGAAUGUUCUCCAUGUCUGUUCCUACGAGCUCUUUUAUCACUUAGGGCAGAUCUCAGAGCUGGCAGAGCGGGAUGUUGCUGCAUGAGAACCCCAGGCUCCUCUUCACUCCCAUCCCAUGGUGGGCUUUUUAAUGGAAGGCAAAAUAAGGCAUUCCCUGUGAACCCACACAUCUCUCUGUGCACCCCAAGGGAGGUGAACACCCCUGGCACCGAGACAAGAGCCUGGUUAGUGCCCAGCAGCAGCACCAAGGCACGGAGAGCCCGUUCCACCCACUCCCACCCCGAUGUCACGGCACGUCCAUCACGCAGAGGCUUCAGCGUGAUCCGGCCCCCACCACUGCCAGUGCUCACCUCCCCAACCUUCUGGGGCUUCAGCUUAGGGCCCUCCAGGAGGUUUGCAGGGGCAUGGAGGAGUUUUAGACCCCUGCUCCUCUCCUUGCACCCCUCACACAGCUCUCCUGCAGCUCUGAAAAUCUCCGGCGUCCCCGGAGCUGCCUGGGGUCAGUUCAGAGUUGUUGUGUUAUUUUUUAAUGUUUUGUAUUUAACAGGAAAACAGACUUUGCUCCCCCCACUCUGUCUGUAGGUAGCAUGGGCCCUGUCACGUCUUCCACACCACCCGGCUCCCUUGGCCCAUUCCCGUGGGAUCCAAUCCCCACACGUUCCCUCGAGGCUCCAUCCAGCCCCAGCCCUUCUCCUCCCCGCUCACCCCAUCCUUGCUGUGGGGAGUUCCUGGGGUCAGCCCUCUACCCACCCACCCAGACUAUGCAAAGCUCCAUUGCCUGUUGUUUUAGUCAGGCUUAGUGACUUCUGGCCAUGUCCACUGGCUCCCUGUUUCCUGAAUCCCUCUGAUCCAAACUUUGGGGACACACAACCAAGAGCUGCACUCCCCAGCCUUUCUGUUGUCUCCCACUGACAACCUGCGACCUAAAACCACGGACUGACUGAGAAAUGUGGUCCUUCAGGGCACUUCUGCUCCCUAACACCAAUCUCCCGUAAAACACCCCAAAUUUAGACCAAAUUCAAUGCUUCCCAGGGCUUGUCUACAUGGAGAAUCCACCACACACCUUAAGAAACUUCACAGCAUGGUAACUGCUUGGCACUGACUCCUUCCCUGGGCUCUGAGUGGGCACAUGGGGUUAGCACAGGGUAGGGGUGAAGUGCAAAUGCACGCUGUAGUUGAUCUGUAGUAACUCAUGUGCAAAACCACAGGCAUGGCUGUGAAAAUUCUCCUGUCACCUUUUCGAUUGCUCCUCUUUCAAGUGUUUCUUUCCUCUAGAUGUUAUUUGAAUGCAGGGGGUGAGGAAGCCAAAUCCCCCAGACACGCUGUCAACAUUUUUCUCUCCACCAAAAGGGAUUCCAGGGACUCACAGCAAUAGCACAUCACUACAGCACUUUUUCAGGCUCCAUUCCCAUCCACCCCUUUGCCAGCACUCCAUCACAAACUACUGGCAUCUCAAAUGGACCAAAUCUGCAAUUUUUCUUUUGCAAUUUAUCUUUUGUGAGUUCAGCAAACAGGGACUGCUGAGUGCUGCUGGGUGGGAGCUCCCUCCUCCCUCCUGUGUCCAGGCACUGCAUCUUUUCCUCCUGAGCCCUUCAGAAACCCUCCCUUGGAUGUCCAAACUUUCUUCUUAUGGCUGUUGAAAUCCCAUCAAAUUCCCCAAACAUUUCCUUCUUUAACUCUUGGACCCAAAAGCUGCUUGCUGGGGAACAUGUGGGGGGUUUUUUUUGGAACUACAUAAGGGCAGUGCUGCCUGUCCCUGCAUCUCCUGCCCCUUGCCCAUGGAGCUGCUGGAAUUUGGCUGAUGGGAAGAGCCCAGGAAGCUCCUCCUCUGGCAGAAAGAGACCUUUUUCAGGGAAAAGUGCUGGAGGGAGUUAUAGGACUUGAGAGAGCCAAGCGUUUAUUAAGUAAGAAUUUAAAUGCUCUUUUAUCAUUGUACAAAGCCUUUCAUCUAAAGUGCUUCCCUGCAUCCAAAGGAUCAAACCCUGCCACCCCCCACGAGGUGGGUUCACAUUACUGCUCUAAUUGCAGGGAUGGCAAAUGGUCAGGCACCAAGCAGCUCCCAAAUCAACCCCUUUUCCUCCUCCUCCUUAACAGAACCAUGUAUGAGCACAGAUUUCCUUGGAAUCUGUUUUUUAUUCAGUGGGAUCUAGACAAAUUAUACCCUGUGGCUCCAAAUGGGAUCCCUGCAGCUGGAGGAAGGAGGGUGCUCUGUGAGGCAGCUGCAGUGGUCCUUGCCAGGGGCAGUCCCAGGCCAGGGCAGCUCAGGGCAGUGGAGGUACCAGGAUUCCUCUGGAGCCAGGAGAAGGCAGAAGAUUUCCCCCAAAACCCCAUGGUGAUGAUUUGUUUGUGCCUCCUGUCUCACUGGACAGCUCAGGUGAUGCUUCUCACCUCACCAGUAAGUGUAACAAAAAAGAACUGAGGCACUUAAAUCCCUUUCAUUCUAAAAUCUUCCUGAAUAGAUACCACUGUACUGCACCCUUGAACUCAGCUUUUUUCCUUAUCCUGCAUUUAAAUCCAGAGGAAAGCCUCGGCAGUUAUCCCUGACAAAGGAUUUGCUCUGCUUGUAACCUGCCUCUCCAGUGCUGGAGGAAUAAAAUCUCCAGGGACAUCCAGAAAGCCCCUUCUCCCUGCUCCCCCAUCAACUUCUCCACACAUUUUGCUAAGUUUUUGCCACUUUGCUCUCCCCAUCCCCCACGGUUUUAUCCCAGCUCAGCUGCCUCUUUGGCCCUUUUUGGAUGGGAUUUGCUCAUAUUUGUGAAGGAGGAGGUUGCAGAGCCCCCAGCCCUCGGCACACACCUCACCUGUGCUGUGUUACAGGGAGGUUGAUGAUGGCUGAGCUUCACCCUGAGGCCACCAGGCUCAGUCACUCCUUCGACUGCAUCCACCAGGGAACUCUCCUUAACUCAGCUUGUAGCACACAGGGGGGCAAUCACAAAAACUGGGUCGUGAGACCUUUCCUCUCCAUCCCCACCAAGCAGCCCUGUUUCUUAUCCCCCAGCUCUUUGCCAACUGCUGCAGCCUCCUCUGAGCACACACGUCAGAGUUCUCCGUGUUUGCCACUAAAACAGUCCCGAAAUCCUCGGGGUCUGGCCAACUUCUCCCCCCUGGUGAAGGAAAGGUGAGAGCACGGUGACAAUCCAGCCCUACCUGCCAGGGAAGAUGAGCUGGUAGGAGGAGAGCUCGCUGAAGGGAUGGAGAAGGUGGGAAAUGUCUCUAAAAGUAAGCUGGAGUAGGAGUUACGAUCGACAAGUGCGAGGUCCUGGUGGGAUAUAAAUACAUGGGAAGGAGCCUCUGAGCAGAGCACAGGGCUGGUGGCACCUCUCUGCCACUGCUGUCCCUGGGCUGCUUUCCCAGGAUUUGGGGCAGAGCUGAGCUCUGUGGGGUGGCACAGAAGGGCUGCUGGCUGCAUCAAGGCUGGAUUGAAGCUUUAAGCUGCACCAGCAACAAACUUGGCUUGGUUUUGUACCAGCUCCUGGUAGGAUGCAGUGAGCAAGGGUCAGGAAAGGUGUGGCACGAGUCACUGGGUCACUGCUCCACGCUGGGGCCGCCUGCAGAGACCAAAGGGAUCUGAGCACAGCCAGAGGAGAGAAAGCCACCCAAGGAUUUCAAAGCUUGCCGUGUUAAGGAUGGGUUUGCUAUUUCUGGUUGGCAUUUCACCCCGUUCCAGUUUACCCCUCUCUCCCUGCUCUUCGCCAGUUUUGCCAUGCUGUCCCCUCAGCAUUCCUCCCCCCGGAACAUUCCUGAGUCCCACGGCUCGUUCCUCCCACCCUCUGCCUCUCCUUCAACCCAGACAGGUCUUGCUGCAAUGAGAUCUCAUCUCUGGGCUCUGUUGGAAGGGGUUAGAGAGGGCAGGGAACCUCUGCCCCGGCUCCCUGCAGGCUCCAGCACGCGGUACCCGACCUUCCCCUCACAGAUUUCUCCAUGUAGACAAGGGGAGCAGAUCCUGCCUUUUAUAUAAAAUGAAAUCUCCAUUUCCAUUCAUCCUGAGCCCAGGGAGAGGCUGCAGAAAGGCACCCACUGGGCUGGCCCCACCCUUGCCCUGUCGCCUUGGUAUUUGUCACAGAACCACGGCCAGGGUUGCACUGUCAAGCUGAAAUAAUUCAGAUUUAAGCUCGUUUUUCUUUCAGUAUACAGCCUUUAAUUUUGGCAAAAACCAGUUAGGUUUGGACUGAAAAACUCCCCUGCUUGGGCACAAGCCAAGGGGGUGUGGGGAGGGGGGAAAGCAGCCUUUUCAAAGUGGGAAUAUUUGUAAAGCAUUUGCUGACACCAGUAGGUAGCAAAAUUCCAACCUAUAAAUACCCAUCCAGGAUAAGAAACAUCAGAAAGGGAACGUGUGCAGGAUUCACCAAGGCAACCCUGAGACCAGCUGGGAGCCCAGGUUGGAAGGUGCCAGGACCUGAUCCUUGGCAUGGCAGUGCAGGGUCCAUCCCCCCACUGGGAGAGCCACAGCUCACACACAGCAUGCACACACCAGGAAUUGCAGCUGGGUGCUUCUCUUUGCUGACAAAUGUUUCUUUUUCUGCAGGAUGGUAUGGUAUAUCUUAUAUACUUUCUUUGUAUUUCUUGGCAUGAGAAAAAAAAAAAAUUAAAAUGUAACAUGCAUGGUCAAA